AUGGCUCGCAGCUCGCAGCUGGCAGCCCCAUGGGCUGGGGCACACAGCCUCGAUGCUCGUGCUUGGUCCGCCAGCCAGACUUUGCUGCACCACAUAUACACCGAAACUCUGCAACCUGCAACGUCGCGCCCGCAUCCGCGCCCGGCCAUUGGCUCUGGCCUGCCCAUUCUCACUCGGGCUACGGGCUAUGGGCUGCGGGCUGCGGGCUGCGGGCAGCGGCGGUUGGUCUCCAUAGCCGCCACCAUGUCGUCGCUUGCACCUCAAUCUGCAUUCCCCCUCCCCGCAAAGACGAUCAUCCCCCACCGUAACUAA